AUGGGUGGUGUUUGCUCGUGCCGCGUUGGUCGCAACAGCCAGGUCAACGCCGGUUCGAUCCUCGACCGCGUGAUUAGCCAGGCAAGCAACGAGGACCAGUGUUUAUUGUAUCGAUUGGCGAACUACAAGAAGGGCGGUGAACUAAUCGAGGCGUACAAUCAGGGCGGUCAGCCAGAGGUGGAGAAGCUGAUCCGUGAGCAAUUCGGUAUCCUAAUGUAUAUGGAUGGCAAAGGCCAGACAAUCAAUCGUGCCGAGUAUCUACGUUGGAAAUUUCGUGACCUCGAGCAGGUCGUGUUGCCGAUCGAGGCCUCGCUAUCGCGUUUUGAUCCAUUAGCGCAGUGGAAUGAUCACGAGGCCUGCUGGCAGAUGCAGUACAGAGGCUCGCUGGGCGAGACCCUGUUGCACGUUCUUAUCAUAUGUGACACGCGGAUGCAUACUAGAAUAGCGCGCAUACUGCUCAAGUGUUUUCCGCGACUAGCUAUUGACGUCGUCGAGGGCGAAGAGUAUCUCGGUGCGAGUGCUCUUCAUCUGGCGAUCGCCUACGCGAAUAACGAGCUCGUGCAGGAUCUGGUCGAGGCGGGCGCGAUAAUCUCGCAGCGGGCCAUCGGUAGCUUUUUCCUACCGCGAGAUCAGCAAAGGAUGAAUCCCGCCAGAAAUACCGAUUACGAGGGUCUCGCGUAUCUGGGAGAAUACCCCCUCGCCUGGGCCGCCUGCUGCGCUAAUGAGAGCGUCUACAACCUGCUGCUUGAUUCCGGUGCGGAUCCUGACGAGCAAGAUACUUUUGGAAAUAUGAUUUUGCACAUGGUCGUAGUUGGUGAUAAAUUGGACAUGUUCGGCUACGCAUUGCGACAUCCGAAGCUUCCUGCUCGCAAUGGAAUCGUGAAUGCCGCGGGCCUGACCCCGUUGACACUCGCCUGCCAGCUGGGGCGUGCCGAGGUCUUCCGUGAGAUGUUGGAGCUGUCCGCGCGGGAGUUUUGGCGUUACAGUAAUAUCACUUGCUCGGCGUACCCUCUUAAUGCUCUCGACACGCUGUUGCCCGAUGGCAGAACAAACUGGAACUCUGCGCUAUUUAUCAUUCUGAACGGUACGAAGGAGGAGCACUUGGACAUGCUGGACGGUGGUAUUAUUCAGCGAUUACUUGAGGAAAAAUGGAAGACCUUCGCGCGAUUGCAGUUCCUGAAGCGAUUGAUUAUCUUGGUGUUUCACCUGGCCUCGCUGUCCUUAGCCGUGUACUUCAGGCCCGCGGACAUGGAGGCCGUGCUGCUGCAGUGGCCCGAGGAGAUAACGGACGUCGUCCGCACCGCGGCGGAGUGCAUCACCGUGCUGGGCGUGCUGAAUUACAUCCUGGUGCAGCUGGGAGGCGAGAUGAUCAACGUCGGUCCGCUAUCGUUCCUGAAGCAACUGAGCCACGAACCGGCCAAGUUGAUAUUCGUGAUCAGCAAUCUGCUCAUUCUCGCGUGCAUUCCAUGUCGUAUCGCUGGCGAUCGGCACGCGGAGGAUGCGAUACUGGUGUUCGCCGUGCCGGGCUCGUGGUUUCUUCUUAUGUUUUUCGCCGGAGCGAUUCGAUUGACUGGUCCGUUUGUCACAAUGGUAUACAGCAUGAUAACGGGCGAUAUGCUGACUUUCGGUAUUAUCUACACGGUCAUGCUGUUUGGAUUCUCGCAAUCGUUUUACUUUCUUUAUAAGGGAUUCCCCGGAGUGAAAUCAUCUCUCUAUCAUUCCUAUCCUUCGACUUGGAUGGCACUGUUUCAGAUAACCCUCGGCGAUUAUAACUACGCGGAUUUGAGUAACACAACCUAUCCUAACUUGAGCAAGACCGUCUUCGCGAUUUUCAUGGUACUCGUGCCCAUACUGCUACUCAACAUGCUAAUUGCCAUGAUGGGUAAUACAUAUGCACAUGUUAUUGAGCAAAGCGAAAAGGAAUUCGUCAAGCAGUGGGCAAAAAUCGUGGUGUCUUUGGAACGCGCUGUAUCCCAAAAAGACGCCCAUAAUUACCUACAGGAAUAUAGCAUCAAGCUGGGACCCGGCGAUGAUCCGAACAACCCCGCAUCGGAACAAAGAGGCGUAUUGGUUAUUAAAAGUAAAUCAAAAACCAGAGCAAAGCAGCGUAAGGGCGCUGUGUCUAAUUGGAAGCGAGUCGGAAAAGUCACGAUACACGAAUUGAGAAAACGAGGUAUGACUGGCGAGGAACUCCGUCGUAUAAUGUGGGGUCGCGCGUCCUUCUCUACCCCUGUGCGAGUCAGUCCCGAUGCCGGUCAACCGCAAGUGUCGGCAGUUACUGCAGGUUUUGGUGAUGCGUUAACCGCAGCUUUGGACGUAAUGGCCUUUGCACAUGACUUUGACUUAUCCACUGCGACAGAGGGCAUACCUACUAAUAUCGACGCAAAACAGAUAAAGACAGCGCAGUCGAAAGCCGCUUUCGACGACCAGCAGACGAAAACAACCCAAAAUAAUUCAGAAGUGGUGGUAAAUGUGCAAUCGCAUAAUCAAUCCAUUAAAGAAGAAACUAAAUUAUCAGGUCUCACAGAUUUAAUCGAUAAAUCUAUCGAUCCCGUAAAGGAUGUGGAGGCAAUGAAUUUGAAAAAUACAAAUCAAACAAAAGCGCUCGAAGAAACUGUCGAAGAUCCAUUUUUGGAACUCGCUAUCGCUUCCGAGACUACAACAGAUUAUAAAACUCUACUGCAAAUGGCGAAGUCCGCUCUAGCCACGAGCGAAGCUUCAAUGAAAACCACAAUCGAUCCGCAAAUUCUAGCACACUUCGCUAUGGUCGCGCCGAUCAUUGAGAAAUCUACUAUCGUUAAGAAACAAUAUUUCAUGGAGUCCAGCGACAAUGACCUCGGCGGUGAUAAUUUACUCGGCACCGAAGCUCGCCUUCGAAGGAUAAAAUCCGCGAAUAACAGAUUCAUUACUACAUCGAAACGGUCACGCCGUGACGACGAUGGCGACAGUUCCUCAUCUACAACGUCCGUCGAACAAAGUCUGCGAUAUCGACCACUACUGAAUGAUCCGGAAGAGAAACCAAUGAAUCGUAUCGAGACUGAAGGACGAAAGACCUCCGUGGAAACAAUUAAGCCGGAGGUCAAGCAGAACGGCAGCAUUCCUACCAAACCACCCGAUAAAAUCCAAAAACGUCGACCAAAAACGGCCAAGAAUAGGGUAUCGCCUAAAGAAAUUGUGGAACCAGCAAGGAGAAGAGAAUCGAUUGAGCAGAAUAAAGCGGCUUCACCACCAACGUCGUCCUCGGAUCCGCUCGAGCCAUGGAGCACGCGUGGCAUUACCGAUAUGAACACAAUAUUGGCCUGGCGGGAAAACGCACCGGACAGUCCUUAAUAUGACUUUAUGACAUUUUGCGCUGCACCGAUCAUGAUGUCGAUGACGACGUCAAUGUCAGCGCCGUAGGGUCGCACACGUGGAUGAUCCCCCAUAAAGAAAUCUUACGCCCGAACGAAACCGCUUAUUUUGAAUAUCCUGGAUAAAUCAAGUUUCAAAAAGUCUACACACGUGCAGCAAGCAUUAUAUGCGCUUUAUUUAAUUCUACAAUACGUCAAGUUGAUCUCCAACAUAUUUAAAAAUUGUACAUAGAUAUAUCUUUAUAGGAAUAAGCAGAAGCAGAAUGUACGAUCGUUAUACAAAAUAAUUACACGAGCAUGAUAAAUGAAGGAUAAAAUUAGUUGACAAUAUCUUUUUACAUACGUAAAUCGUUGGCUUAUUCAUCCGUUUUUCCGGGGUGAACUUUGAAACACAGAUUAAUGUCGCAUAAAUUAGUUUUUUGGCGGUACCACGUGGCAUUUAAUAUAAAAAAGAGCUUGGGCGCUUUCACGAGGAGUAUAUAAGCUCGAGCUAAACAGUUUGUAAAGAUAUACGAUCGAUUCAAAGCGAUUUGCAUAUAUAGCGAUAUUGUGUGUAUAGGUAUUAUUAAUACAGGUAUUACUCAAUCUUACUCGCGAGGCGCAUAUCUCAUUAUGGAAAACAUGCCGCCAAGUAACAGACUUCCCUAUGAUAAUUAUUAAAGUAAACACAUAUGCCGGGGACCAAAUGAUGUUAAUUCACCGUUACGUAACUUUCAGAUUGCACGAUGAGAAAUUUUCUCAUACAUGUAUAUAUCUAUUAAAAUGAACCACUGAGGAAUUUCUCAAAGAUACAGAUACGGUUAUAUAGCGCAAGCAACAU